AAUGAAAAAAGCCAACAAGUAGUUCAACAUUCUAACGGAGUUUUGACAGUACAUAUUGGAAACGUGAAGCUAGGACGUCGUAUUCUGUGUUUACUCUUAUUGGGGUUGAUUCAGCUGUUAUCUCGAUAAACGAUUAAACGCCCAAUAGUAUCUUUGUUAUGUAAUAAAAUGAGUAAAGAAAUUUACGAAAAUCCGGAUUUGAAAAAGGAACGACAAAACUGCCCUUUCAACAAAGAAGAAAUCACUCAUCUUCUUGAUGGAGGAAAAGAAAAAACCAUUGAAAGGAAGCAACUUGAAAACUACAUUCUGUCUGACGAGCAGUUAAAAGAUGCUGUUCCAAUGGAGUACCUGAGCCAUGCAGAUAAAUAUGCCGAAGAACUACGCAAGGCAUGUCUGCUAAUGCAUAAACUGGCAGAUUCACCAGCUGGUCAAGUUCCAACUUUGAGGGCCUUAAUGGGAGCUGGACUUGGAUCUGCUGUUUUGAAAGAAGGAAACCCCUUAGCACUGCAUUAUGUUAUGUUCAUCCCAGCUUUGAUGGGCCAAGGAACAAUAGAUCAGCAAGCCAAGUGGCUUGAAAAAGCAUACAAUCUUAACAUGAUUGGAACAUAUGCCCAGACUGAACUUGGGCAUGGAACAUUUCUUCGCGGACUUGAAACACGAGCAACUUAUGACCCAAAAACGCAAGAAUUUAUAUUGGAAUCCCCAUCACUAACUGCUUAUAAAUGGUGGCCUGGGUCAUUGGGUAAAACAGCAAAUUACGCUGUCGUAAUGGCGCAACUUUACACAAAAGGAAAAUGUGAAGGCACUCAUCCUUUCAUGGUGCAGCUGAGGGACGAAGAAACUCACGAACCCCUGCCUGGCAUUUUGAUUGGAGAAAUUGGACCGAAGCUAGGAAUGAAUACGAAUGACAACGGAUAUCUUGGCUUUGAAAAAUUCCGAAUUCCUCGUGACCAUCUUUUAAUGAAACACUCCCAAGUGCUGGAAGAUGGAACAUAUGUCAAACCCACCAAUAGUAAAUUAAGCUACGCUACUAUGGUAUUCGUGCGCGUCGUUGUUUGCCAAGAUAUGACUACGAAUUUGAGAAAAGCUGUCACUAUUGCAACACGUUAUAGUUGCGUUCGCCGUCAGUCAGAGCUCAAACCCGGGGAUCGCGAGCCUCAGGUCAUGGACUACCAGGCUCAACAAAAUAAAUUAUUGCCACCAUUGGCAGCUACUUUUGCAUUCCAAUUAGCAGCCGACCAUCUAUGGAAUUUAUACAAUACUGCCAAUAACAAUAUAGAACAAGGAGAUUUAGAGCUACUACCAGACCUCCAUGGGUUGUCGUGCGCUUUGAAAGCGCUCUGUUCCAGUGAAGCUGCCAAUUUUGUUGAAGUAUGUCGACAAUCGUGCGGGGGCCACGGUUACAUGUCAUGUAGCAACUUCCCUCGCAUUUACGGGCAGGUGACGGCAGCCGAAACUUAUGAAGGAGAAAAUACGGUUUUGUGGCUGCAAGUUGCAAGAUAUUUAGUUAAGACUCGCAAAGAAAAAUCGGGAGGAUUGAGCGUGAAAUAUCUUAUUGGCGAAGAAAAGGGACCUAAAACCGUGGAUACAACUCUCGAAGGAAUUGUUAAGUUGUAUCGGCGCGCCGCCGUUGGGUUGGUUGACGUGGCAAUAGCCGAGUUGGAUAAAAGCGGUCGUAAAGGCGAAGCGCCCCAUGAUGCUUGGAAUCAUGCUGCCGUCUACCUAAUCAAGGCUGCCCAAGCUCACGCCCGUUUAUUUGUUGUUGAAAGCUUUGUCGAUUCCCUAAAGGAGGGAAAGUUGUCGACACCGGUGCGCACUGUCCUUUCUCAGCUUUGCGAACUUUUUAUAAUUUACUGGCUUCUAGAACGAAGCGGUGAUUUUUUCUUGUGCUCUAACUUAACAAAGCAAGACUUGUUACUGCUAAAUUCCAAGUACGUGGAAUUGCUUGCUGCAAUCCGACCCCAGGCCGUUAACCUCGUCGAUAGCUUUGAUUUACGGGAUGAGGUUCUCAAUUCACCGCUUGGAUGUUGGGAUGGAAAUGUGUACCAAAGACUCUUUGAUGAAGCUGCCAAAAGUCCUCUGAACCAAUCGAAUGUCCACGAAUCCUUCCACAAAUAUUUGAAGCCCUUGUUAAAAUCCAACCUUUAGUUUUGAAGGAAAAUGUUGCUGGAUGUUACACUUUUGGACAAACUACAUUUGCUUGCAAUAUGUAAUUAACAUGAUCGUAUGGCGCAUGUCGAACAUUUUUUUAUUUUUAGAAAUUAAAUAAGGGGAUUUUCUAUUCUUUCAGGGUGAAAAAUCUAUACUUUGUUCAAAUGUAGCAUUUUUAGUAAUUGGGAUUAUAAUAAACCGAGUUCAUAUAUA